AUGAUCCUCUCCCUAGCUGCAGCCAUGAGCAGCAGUGGCCUUCCCCAGAACACUACUUCCUCUGCAACCUUUGACCCCUCAUCCCUUGACCCCUGGCUUGACCCCUACCCUGACCUCCCCGGGGUCAACUCCUCCUUCGCUGUCCCCGUCCGCACCUCCACAUCCGACCUUGACCUACGACCUCUGACCACACCCCAGGAUGUCAACCCAUGGGACGUGGCAUUAUGUGUCACAGGAACUCUCAUCUCCUGCGAGAAUGCUCUGGUCAUUGCUGUCCUGUUCUACACGCCGACCCUUCGAGCUCCUAUGUUCAUCCUGAUUGGUUCGCUGGCGUUCGCCGACCUCCUGGCGGGUCUCGGACUCAUCCUAAACUUCGUCUUCACCUAUCUGGUCAAGGGAGAGGUCGUGACCUUGGUUUCCACAGAGAUACUCAUCAUGGCGUUCACUGCGUCCAUUUUGAAUAUCCUGGCAAUCACUGUGGACAGGUACCUGUCGCUCUACAACGCGUUGACCUAUCACACCGAACGGACUGUCCUCUUCACGUACCUGGUGGUAGGGCUCAUCUGGUUGGUGGGUCUGAUCCUUGGAGUCCUCCCCGCCCUCGGGUGGAACUGUCUAGACGACGAAACGACCUGUAGCGUCUGCCGACCAGUCACGAAAUCCAACGCCGUUGCACUCGCCGUCUUCUUCCUAUUGGUCUUUGCAGUCAUGAUGCAACUCUACCUCCAGAUCUGUAGGAUUGCAUUCCGUCAUGCUCAGCAAAUCGCAGUCCAACAUCAAUUCCUUGCUAUUUCCACGACCAAGGGAGUCCAGACACUCUCUGUAAUUCUCUGCGCUUUCGCUAUGUGUUGGUUGCCAUUCGCAAUGUAUUCUAUAGUGGCGGACUCGAGUUAUCCUACAAUAUAUACAUAUGCCACUGUGCUGCCGGCGGCGUGUAAUUCAGUUAUAAAUCCAAUCAUAUACGCUUUUAGGAACCCGGAUAUACAGAAGGGGUUGUGGUUGGCGUGCUGUGGGUGUGUUCCGUCAAAUUUGAGUCUGAGACCGAGGGCGAGGACCUCCAGUGAUGUAUAGGGAACCUGGACAUACAGAAAGCUUGAUUAACUGGCCCGGAGUGUGCGGAGGAUGUUGCCAGGCCAGGCCAACUGGGAGAUGGGAAUGUCGAGCCCUGGAGAAGGGUUUCUGGCUGCGACCCCUCCAAACUCUCCCUCCCACCAUACAUCCAGUGAUGUAGAGGUAGGGGUGUUUGGGUCGUCAGAAGAAGGGGAUCUCCCCUCCUCCCCCCUUUCUCUAGGGAUGUGUUGACGUCAAGGCAAGAUGGCACCCCUCCUCGAACCUCUGACGAUGUAUAUGUUUGGGGUGUGGUGAGGUCAAAGUUCAAAGGUGACCAACAAGGCAAGGUCGACCCCCUCCUAGGACCUCCAAUCUCCAACAAUGUAUAGGUUUGGGGUACGGUGACGUCAGAGCAGGGUGGCAAGGAGAAAUGUGACCGACCCCACACCUCACCUGCCUAGGGCGGAGACCAGUGUUGGGUGAUGGGUGUGGCUCCCCCUAGUCAUACGUUGAGGAGGCAUGGACUGGACUGAGAAGGUCUGGGAUGCAUUGCCCUGGGCCUAGCCCUACCCAAGCCCACUGGAUAGAGAUGGUAGUAGUGGACUGUGACUGUGUGUGGGGCUGAGGUGAAACACUUAUAGGCCUCUGCAAUGCUUCUAGCGCAGAAGGUGAGCAUGAGUAGUGGAGAGCCUAGUAGGAGUUUGUUGGAAGAUGAUAAGGAGUCUUCGUAAACACAAGAUGAGCUAACUUACUUAUGAUGAGCAAACUAGCCGACCAUGGUAAUGUGUGUAAGGUUAGGGUACUACGACCUUGAGGUUUUCAGUGAGGUGUCAUUUGAGAGCUUCUUUAAAGCUAGAAUCCUUAGUACCUACAUCCAUUUUUGGACUUACAAAUUACUGAUAUAUACCCAUUGAUUAUUGAAGAAUAUAACUUAUGAAUGCUUCAUGAGCAUGGAUCAACUGUCGUACCCCAUCAGAAGCUUGUUUUACUUCAAUAGUUGUAAGCAAUGUAAAUGUAAGCAAACAUUGUAUAGCCUCAAAACAUGGUU